AUGAUGUUCUUAAGAGCCUCUAUCAACGAGUCAACGACUGCGAAUCCUUCUUUAUCUCCCCUUACAAUCUUCGAGGUAUCGGAAUCCAAGCUUUUUAAAGUCCAAAAACAUCUAAUACACCCUUUGUCAAUAUCGGAAUGUACCCCUCCAAAGAUAGAUAAUCGCCCAGACUUCGAUUCUAUCUUAAGACGAGUCCUUAUAAGCUAUCUAAAUAUAGAAGAUCCUCUUAGGCUUACAAGGAUCGCUUAUGAGGAAGCUAUGGCAGUAUCAGGACCGGACCAGUGGCAUACCCAUGCCCUCGAAACAAAGUACUAUAUUAAGUGGCAUAUGACCGCUUUGCAAAGGGGAUACCCUUCUCUUCUUAGCCUUGGGUCUCUUCGUAAUAAGUGGUUAGAAAGCAAGAGAAACGACCCUCCGACUUGUCAGCGCGCUUUUGGUUUACGUUGGCAGAUUGAGAGUCUCCUAGAUGAUAGUAACGAAGGGUCACCUACGCCUAUACCACAUACAAUUAUAGAAACUAUCGCACACGUCCCCGCAAACCAUGCCGACCAGAGUCUUACUCGACAUGAAGCCCUUUCGGAGAUAUACGAUCCAUCCAUCCUCUCCUAUAUGGGCGAACAGCACGGAAGGAUCAUUCAAGCUUUAUUUGACGGAGAAAAUUUAGUCCUGCAACAUUCUCAACUAUGGAGCUUCGAGAACGAGGAUAUAGCACCGGUGGAACUCUUCAUACGUUAUAUUAUAAGCCAGUUGGGUUGGAGAGAUCAGACGCUUGUGUUCGAGCACUUACGGAAUCAGUUGCAUCGAUGGACUUAG